ACUCACCGCUCACACUCACUCACAACACAAAGUUUUGGAGGCCAGGCGAGCAGUGGGAUACCGACGGAUAGGAAGUGACGGGACUGCAUGAAUUGCAGAAGGCAGAAAAAAAGCAGACGGGGAUAUCAACACAAAGCAGAAUGAGAAGCAACAUGCGAUCAUCGGAGUAUUAUUGGCUGUAGCGCAGAGGGGAACUGAAAUGCGCAUGAUCUUAACAACAACGCCGGAGCGAGAGACUUUCAAUGGGGAGUGAACUCAGCUCCCACAAGUGAAAAGCAGAGAUUUCAGUCAAAGGGGGGGAGAAGAUUGUCGUAUGAUUUCCAUGACCGUGUGUGAGAUUGUGGAAAGUGCUGGCACACGGGGGAGCAUAUGGAAGCGCGACCUGUAAACUCCACUUUGACUAUGAAGGAAAAGACUUUAAGAAAACACACAGGGGAAUAGUUAAGGGAUAUGAACGCAGAUCUUUUGAUUUCACCUCGGUUUUUUCCUCUGUCCGGUUCAGUUUUGCGUCUUUGGGGAUGUUUGCGAGUUGCAUCUCUGCGGCUUCAGUUCGGAUACUGACCCGUCUGUGCGCCCUGGUGCUGGUGGCCGCUGUGGGACUCGGGUCAGAGCUGCGGGUCCGGGUCCGGCUCGCUGACGGACUGGUGACCGAGGAGGUCUUGGAGGCGGACACUGAAAGAGACUCGAUAUCACUCGAAUUCAAGCAGGGAGAUGGGACACUCAUCACUUUUGUGGCGGACUUCAAACAGGAUGUGAAGAUAUUCCGAGCGCUGAUCCUGGGCGAGCUGGAAAGAGGGCAGAACCAGUACCAGGCCUUGUGUUUCAUCUCUCGGCUCAGCCGCAAUGAGAUCAUCCCCAGCGAGUCCAUGGCCCGUCUCAGACAGAAAAACCCUCAGGCCAUUCGCUUGGCAGAGGAGCGGAGAGGGCUGGAGCAGCUGACAAUGAGCGUGGCGGUCAACCUAAGUCAGGCCUCUCAGCUCAGCUCACACAUCCACAACAUGUGCAGCGAGGCCAGGGAGGCCAUCUACACCAGGGAGUCCGAUGUCAAACACUGGCUAGACAAAGGAGUGGAUGGCUCCAUAUUCGAGGUCCUGCCCCAAACAACAGAGGCGCCCAGCUUUCAGGCCUGUCACUCUACUAAAGACUUGUGGCAGCCCUGUCUCUGCACAUACAGCCUGCGUUUGGAGUGGUACCCAUGUCUGCUGAAGUACUGCCGCAGCCGGGACACCACGGGCAAAGGCUCGACCUACAAGUGUGGCAUAAAGAGCUGCAGCAAGGGCUACCAUUUUACUUACUAUGUUCCUCAAAAACAGCUGUGCCUAUGGGACGAGGAGACCUAGCAUUUUGUUCUGGAUGGUUAAGAAAUAAAUACAUUAAGCUAAUGCUUCCCCACCCAUGCUAUUCAGAGUGAACACAGUAACACUGGACCUCAGUUUACGUGAUGCUAAGUGAAACUGUCUCAGGUGGGGGAGUGGUGAGAUCCAGAUGUUUGAGCUGACACAGAAAUUAUUUCAGGUUCCAAAUGAGACCAAAACCUUUGAGGACGGAGAGAUGCAGCACGUCGUUCUAAGAGGACCCACUAACUUUAAGCCUUUUCUGGGAAAAUGACAUAUCGUUGUCAGCUAUAAUGUGACUUUGCCAGGAAGCUGUCACUUUUGUGCCUUUUUUGGAGAAAUUAUUGGAGCAGAUGACAGACGCCAACAACAAUAACCUCCCAAACAAGCUACUGUAUGCACAAAGCUGGACAGGGCAUUUCUGGUCAAUUUAACACCAGCAGAGGAACAACAGAGUCCCACUCUGAUCAAAGGAUUCAUAUUGGACAAACAUAAUCCUCCAUCCUGGUGAAGGAAAAUUUGGAUGGUGGAAUUAUCUGUCUUACAAAGUUCUGUGAAAAAGUUUGUAGCCAGCUUGUUAAUAACAAUGUAAGUUGGCUGACAAAGGAAAUGCUUCUUCAAUGCUGGCUUUAUUUAUUUUGGUUGCAAAGCGAAAUUAUUGAGGACUAUUUUUGUAUCUUUUUGCAUUAAACUCUUAAAGUCUCAACCAUAGGUCCUCAGUAACAGUAAGUACUCAAACAAGUUUCAGAAAUGUUUAACCUCUUGGAUUUUGGGUGUCGUUUCUCGACUCAUCCAUAUGUGACACCACUUUGUUGCCAAGUUUUCAUGGUUGUACAGAGAGUGUGGAUAAACAGGUUUAUAAUCUUAUUUCAUAGGACAGUUGUAGCUCUGCUUUGCCUCAUUGAUAAGUAUAUCCAUGGGGGACAUCUCAUGCCCACCACUCACAUUAUCAGUCUGUUCAAAAGUGUCAAAUAAACCAAAGUCAAAGGAAAUACUGUCAAAAGAAGGGUGUAAUGUUUCAGUUUCUAGAAACAGACUCUUCACUGUGGUGUUUUUCCAUGUUAGUGUUCACUAUAACUACAGUAUGGCCUUUUUAAUAGUCUAUACUGCCAUCUUCUGGUUAAACUAUGUGUCAGUUAAGUGUUUUCUGUUGUAUCCCAAUGCCAAAAUACUGGUUAUUGGGUUUCACUUUUGUCUGUCCAUGUCAGCAGUUAAAUGUCUAUAAUUUAUGCAACUCAAAUCCCUUAUAAUAUUUCAUACAUAAUUCAAGGAUCACUUCUUGAACUUGUGGGACCAAAUCUCAUUGUGUCUGUCUGUUCUUUAGAGCUAGAGGUCAAAGUAUGAUUUUGGCUUGUCUUACCUCCGUCUUCAUUUCCAUCAUUACUGCCAUAUCAAAAGAUCCUUUUGUGUUUUGUGUGUUGCUAUGUCCUGCUAACUAAAGAACCAAAUGAGUGAAAUAUUUCUAUUGGUGGCCUUUACUGGUGAUCAAGUGCCUUAACAUUUCCACUGAUAUCUUUGCUAUGUAAUUGUAGAUUAAGUUUGUAAAGGUAUUUUUUCUAUGAAAGAGUUUUGAAUAUGUUGUAAAAAGUUGCUAUAAGGAAAAAAUGAAGCAAUUAGGUGGUGUACCAUUUAAGAGUUGAGUUUUACAUGAAUAUUUUCAAUAAAGUCUUUCUUUGCACUGCA